AUGUACUUCGUCCUUUUUUUUUUAACAACGCCGCGGUACUCUCUCUCUCGCUUGAGGUUGAAGGAGAACUCUUUUCAGUUCAUCCACGGGACUUCGUUGACUUUCCACGAUGCGGACACACGCCAGCUGUUCGUGAAUUUGAAUGGCAGAGCAGCCGUGAGUCAAAUCACUUGUAUGACGUGCCCAAUCGCACCCCGAGCGCAGAAGCGCGCCACAGCUGCUUUCUUGACCCCGCGUUUUUUUUUUCUUCUUACCCCUUCCACUUUCCAUACCCUUCGCCUACCCGUGUUUCUGGUGCCUCAAACAAACGUCUACCUUCACCACGCACGUCGUGCAACGACGCAUGGGAAGAAGCGCUUUUCACACUCAUACACAUCUACGCCUACGCAGCGUAGAAGCGGCGGGACGAUGCUAUUUCGCACCACCGCAGUGAACUGGAUGGCCUUCCGUCCCACUCCAAUGAACUGGAUGCUGUUUAGGCCCACCAAUGUGAACUGCAUUGCUCAUUGGUUCUGCGGACACAAGUAUCGACACCGUUUCAUACGCGACAAGCGCUUCCAUCCCUCGCACCAGGCCGCCGCUGACGCGCGCAAUCGGUUUAGCAAACGAAAGCACUUCAAAACAAAUCGUUGGAACUACACGCAGGCUUACAAGGACAUGCCGUAA